GCUUAUUGACAUAUGAUUCCAACUAACAUCGAACAUGCGGGCAAGAUACAGCAUUCGCAAUUGCAGUUUCCACCUCGGGCAUCGCUUGGUGCCCUUGCGUGUACCACUGCGAAUGGUUUCUACACAGGCGGAACCCGUCAGCGGAAACCAGCGAUUGAAGCAUGAGAGACUCGCCAACAAAAUCGAGCAAAAUCUGAAGCGUAAGAAGUUCGUCCAAUCGAACGAUUGGGUCGAUGAGACACCAGCUGGACAGAGAAAGAUUCUAAAGCCAUUCGAUGAGGAAUUCCACAACACUUAUUUACCCAAUGUCGUCGAGUCCUCCUGGUAUAGCUUUUGGGAGAAGCAGGGACUUUUUAAACCACAAACAGAGAACGAUGGCAGCCUUAAAACGAAAGGGAAAUACGUCAUUGCUAUGCCACCACCCAAUGUUACAGGCAGAUUACAUAUUGGACAUGCCCUAGCAGUUUCAUUACAAGAUACCCUUACUAGAUUACAUCGUAUGCAAGGUCACUCAACACUCUACAUCCCCGGCUGCGACCAUGCAGGCAUUGCAACCCAAGCUGUUGUCGAGAAGCAGCUUGCCAAACAUCCGAAAGAUGGAAAGUCUAAAAAGCAGGAUUUUACAAGGGAUGAGUUUGUACAGCUAUGCGAGGACUGGAAGGAGGUAUAUCAAGAAGCGAUUAUCAAAACGAUACGCAGACUAGGUAUCUCUCCAGACUGGGACCGCAUUGCCUACACAAGGAGUGAGCCAUUUUCCAAAGCGGUCAAUGAGAGUUUCGUGCGGUUUUUCGAAGAGGGUCUCAUCUACCGAGCUAAUAAGCUUGUACAUUGGUCAUGUAGCCUCUCUACGUCUAUAUCUACGCUUGAAGUUGACCAAAAGGAGCUUCAAGGAAGUACCAAACUUAGUGUCCCAGGUUAUGAUAAAAAGAUCGAAUUUGGAACAUUGACAUAUUUCAAGUAUCCAAUUGAAGGGUCUGAUCAGACCAUUGAAGUUGCAACAACAAGGCCAGAGACAAUGCUGGGUGAUACUGGCAUUGCCGUGCAUCCUCAGGACGAUCGAUACAAGGAUUUCAUUGGCAAGACUGCGCAACAUCCGUUUAUUCCCGAUAGAAAGCUAAAGAUCGUUGCCGACGAAUAUGUUGACAAAGAAUUUGGAACUGGCGCUGUCAAACUGACACCUGCUCAUGAUCAUAAUGAUUUCGAUUUGGGCAAGAAACAUAACCUGCCAUUCAUCAACAUUUUGAACAAAGACGGUACUCUCAACAGCAAUGCUGGUCCUUUUGCUGGAGAGAAGAGAUUCAAUGCGAGGUAUGGUGUUAUCAACGAACUCAAGAAACUCGGCCUCUAUACGAAACAAGAGCCGAAUAAGAUGGUUGUACCCAUAUGCAGCCGAUCGGGGGAUAUUAUUGAGCCAUUCCUGAUACCCCAAUGGUGGAUGAGAACGAAAUCAUUGUCGAAAGCUGCAAUGGAAGUAGUUGAAAAUGGCGAGAUCAUUAUCCAACCGAAGACACAAAAGGACCUAUUCUUAGAAAGAUUGCAAGAUCCCGAGGACUGGUGCCUGUCGAGACAACUAUGGUGGGGUCAUCGAAUACCGGUCUGGGCAAUCAGUAUCGAGGGUGAGGACUGUGGGAACGAUGCUGAUGAGGAGCACUGGGUAUGUGGCCGGACAGAAAGCGAAGCUUGGGAAAAGGCAGAGCAAAAGUUCCCUGGCAAGAAAGUGACACUCAGGCAAGAUGAUGAUGUAUUAGAUACCUGGUUCAGCUCAGCACUUUGGCCGUUUGCCACCCUUGGAUGGCCAGAAAAGACAUCAGAUCUCGAAAAUUACUUUCCGACUACAACUUUGGAGACAGGUUGGGAUAUCAUGCCAGUCUGGGUCAGUCGUAUGAUCAUGUUCUCUUUGAAAUUGACUGGAAAGGUGCCGUUUACUGAAGUCUUCUGUCAUGGUUUGGUACGCGAUAAUGAAGGUCGGAAAAUGUCAAAGUCUCUUGGCAACGUUAUCGACCCGAUAGAUAUUCUUGAUGGGAUCAGCCUAGAUGAUUUGCAUCAAAAGUUGCUCCAUGGAAACUUGCCUCAAAAUGAAGUCAAGAAUGCCAUCAAAUACCAAAAAAAGGCCUUUCCACAAGGUAUUCCGAGAUUUGGAGCUGACGUCUUGCGGUUCUCGCUCAUAAGCCAAACUCAAUUAUCUGGUAGCGACAUGAAAAUCGAUAUGAGAACGAUGACUGGCUCCUCUAGAUUCUGUAACAAGAUCUAUCAGGCCACGAAAUAUGUCCUUGGAAAGCUUGGUAGUGAUUUCGUUCCUCGAGAGAGCAGUGCUUUGACAGGAAAUGAGAGUCUACCAGAGCGAUGGAUCUUAACAAAGAUGAACACAGCUGUUAAACAAAUUAACCAGGCACUAGAAGAGCGUAGGUUCGGUCUGUCGACCAAGAUUAGUCAACGGUACCUGUACGAUGAAUUGUUUGAUAUCUAUAUCGAGAACUCGAAAUCGAUCAUCUCAAAUGGUACACCGGAAGAAGCUCGUUCAGCUAUGGAUACAUUGUAUACCACAAUCGAACAUGGCUUGCGACUUUUGUCUCCCUUUAUGCCCUUCUUGACUGAAGAGCUCUGGCAGCGGCUACCACGCAGACCAAAUGACAACACACCUUCAAUCACAAUUGCUGAAUAUCCACAGUAUGAGCCAUCCUUUAAUGACACGAAAUCUGAGGUGGCUUACGAGCUCGUACUGGGCUGCUCUAAAGGUAUACGUUCACUGUUAGAAGACUACGCUGUUAAGGACGAAGGUGUGGUUCAUAUCUCCUGCCUUAAUCAAAUGUCGUACGAUACUGUGUCAGCACAACUCCCUACGAUUCAAUCACUCUGCGCAAUCCGACGCAAGACACCAGUGAAGAUUAGUGUUGCGAAAGCUGGAGAAACCAAACCUACUGACUGUGCAGUUUUCCCUGUUUCAGCUGAUGCAAACGUUUAUCUUGAAGUCAAGAAUCGCAUACAAGAUGCUGCGAAGGAGGCUGACAAGUUCAGAGUGAAGAUAGAUGAAGCAAGAAAAGAACAGGUUGAUGUGCAUACCAUCAAAGCAGAGCUAAGCAAAGGUUCCGAUACUAUUCAAUUUUACGAGAGCCGGGAGCGAGAUAUCGAUGCAAGAUUACAAGCAUUACAAGAGGCCGUAGAGAUGUUCGAGAAGAUGAAGGUUUAGGCUGUGUGGCCCUGCUGGCUGACAGCAUGACCAAAAAGUACCACCUCAUAGCAGCAUCUUACCAAGCUAGAAUGCAUAAAGGAUUCUGAUGAAGGGGUGUGGGAUGAUGGGGAAUUACAGUCAACAAAUGGCCGUCUUUCACUAACUAGAGCAUAGAAUGAGGCGCUAAUGCUCGGUGCAUAUUAGAGAAAUAGAGUCCUUCGAACUCUCUACUCAUAAUCAAUAGUGUAACCAAUAACUCACUUC